AUGUAUGAAUCGCGGGGAGUGAUCCGCUCUCUCAAUCCAGGCUAUUAUUAUUGCUCUGAACACCGACUCACGCCGCGAACAGCAGCCGCUUUGGUUCUGACUUGUCGCGUUGGGCGUAGCCAAACCGAUAAUUCUGUUUGCCUUUUCCAUUCUUUUCCUUUUUUCUUUUUUCUUUCUUUCUUUUUUUCUUUUGCUUUUUUUUGCUUUUCUUUUUUUUUUUUCUUUCUUUGCUUUUUUCUUUGCUUUUUCUUUUUUCUUUUCUUUUUUCUUUCUUUCUUUUUUUUUUUUUUUUUUUCUUUCUUUCUUUCUUUUUUCUUUCUUUCUUUUUCUUUUCUUUUUUUUUUCCUUCCUUUCUUUUUCUUUCUUUCUUUUUUUUUUCUUUCUUUCUUUCUUUUCUUUUUUUCUUUCUUUUACUUUCUUUUUUUCUUUUUUCUUUCUUUCUUUUGCUUUUUUUUUUCUUCUUUUUUUCUUUCUUUUCUUUUUUUUUUCUUUUCUUUUUUUUUUUUUCUUUUUUUUUUUUGCUCUUUCUUUCUUUUGCUUUUUUUCUUUCUUUCUUUUCUUUUCUUUUUUUCUUUCCUUUCUUUCUUUUCUUUUUUUUCUUUCUUUUUCUUUUUCUUUUUUCUUUCUUUUUUCUUUGCUUUUUCUUUCUUUUGCUUUUUUUUUGCUCUUUCUUUGCUUUUUCUUUUUUUGCUUUCUUUCUUUCUUUGCUUUUUUUUCCUUUUUUCUUUUUUUUCUUUUUUCUUUCUUUCUUUUUUUUUUUCUUUCUUUUUUUUUUUUUUUUGCUUUUUUCUUUCUUUUCUUUUCUUUCUUUCUUUUCUUUUUCUUUUCUUUCUUUCCUUUUUUUCUUUCUUUUUCUUUUUUUUCUUUCUUUUUUUUUCUUUCUUUCUUUCUUUCUUUCUUUGCUUUUUUUUCUUUCUUUGCUUUUUUUUCUUUCUUUUUUUUCUUUUUUGCUUUUUUCUUUCUUUUGCUUUCUUUCUUUCUUUUGCUUUCUUUCUUUCUUUUGAUUUCUUUCUUUCUUUUGAUUUCUUUCUUUCUUUUGAUUUCUUUCUUUCUUUUGAUUUCUUUCUUUCUUUUCUUUUUUGCUUUUUUCUUUCUUUGCUUUUUUCUUUCUUUCUUUUUUUCUUUCUUUGUUUUUCUUUCUUUGCUUUUUUCUUUCUUUGCUUUCUUUCUUUCUUUGCUUUCUUUCUUUUGCUUUUCUUUCUUUGCUUUUUCUUUCUUUCUUUUGCUUUCUUUUCUUUUUUUUUCUUUCUUUUUCUUUCUUUUCUUUCUUUUUGCUUUCUUUCUUUCUUUUGCUUUCUUUCUUUUUUGCUUUUUUCUUCCCUUUAA